CACAAGAACAUUAACAACAACACACUAAGUACUCUCUCACUAGUCACUACUUUACAGCACACUCUUGACUCUUAACUCUCCCUCCCAGUUUCAUGGCUUCUUCAGGGACAAGAGCAGCCUCAGGCUUCAGCUUCUCAGAGAUCUGGCUCUUGAUAGUAGCCACAGCACUCAUCUGUGGCUUUCUCGGGUACAUAGUUUAUGAUGCAAUCAUGGCCACUGCUUCUGAGUUGCUGCAACGUUUGCUGGUAAUUUCUCCACUGUUCUUGAUCAUCAUUGUUCACUGGCUCUCCACUGCAACCCAAAUAAGCUUCCCCAUGCCAGGAUCUGAGCCUAGUGCCAUCCACAGAGCUGGUGGUUCCCCUUGGGGUGUUGCCUUUGUUCUUCUUCUGCUUUUCCUUCUCAUUUCUUACCAACCUUCCCUGCAUGACCUUAUUUCUUAGCUAGCAUGCACUCAAGGUUUUAAAUACGGUCGCGGUCAUAUUCGUUGAUAUCGGAUAAAUGCGACCGAUGUGGUUCCAAUUUCGAUUGUGUUACAGUCACGGAGACCUUUUUUAAAACCUUGCAUGUACUAUAUAGUUUAGUGCAUGUCACUUUUGUGUAGGGGUGUGGUGCUUCUUAUUUUAGAGUUGAUAUGGGUACAUUUGGUUGCUGUACUGUAGCUCAUAAUGGACCUGUUAAUUUCUAUGUGAAUUUGGGUGUAAAAACUUGCAAUGUCUCUCUCUCUAAAAGGGCCUUUUGCCCUAUAGCAAAAUUUUGUGGCUGCUUAAAGUGUCAAGUUUCGAUCUUUGCUGGCCUAUGGCGGGUGUUUGUCCUUUGUUACUGAGAAAAUUGAAAUGUCAUGGUGUGUCAAACAUCAAAAUUACUAAGGAAUUGGACUAUUAGAGAAACUAUGUAUCUUUUCUUUUAGACUUCAUCUGUUGGUGUUCAUAGCUAAAUAUAAAAUUUAAAUAAAUAGCGUAUUGCUUGGUGGUAA